AUGGAGCUGCAUCUGGCACCUACGACGCUCGAGGUUGAUAAGGCCACCAUGAUGCGCCGCUGCGAGCUCCCCGCCCGCGACCUCCGCCUCCUCGACCCGCUCUUCAUCUACCCCUCCACCGUCCUUGGCCGUGAGCGCGCCAUCGUCGUCAACCUCGAGCAGAUCCGCUGCGUCAUCACCGCCGACGAGGUGCUCCUCCUCAACUCCCUCGACAACUACGUCUUCCAGUACGCCGCCGAGCUGCAGCGCCGCCUCCUCCAGUGCGCCGAGGGCGACGAGCUCCUCUUCGAGUUCCGCGCCCUCGAGCACACCCUCGAGGUCGCCUGCUCCUUCCUCGACGCCUUUAUUCGAGUCGCCUGCUCUUUCUUUGAGUUCCGCGCCCUCGCCCUCGAGGUCGCCUGGUCCUUCCUCGAACUCAGCCAGAACAGAGCAAUGUUUCCUUUAUUCGAGUCUUGUAUCAAUGCAUUGUUUCCAGCAAUACUCUAA